AUGAUAACUAUUCCGGCUAUUUCCAGUGAUUCUGCAAGACAGUUUAUGCGUGAGGCUGCCAGGGAUGCAGGGAUCCCUGAGAACCAGAUGCGUCUUGUCCUGGAACCAGAAGCUGCUGCCCUAUAUUGCCAACAAAAAACAGUGGUAGAUGACAACAGACUUCCUGUUGGAUUCAAAUAUGUCCUUGCUGAUCUAGGUGGUGGAACAUCUGAUAUUUGUGUACAUGAAGUUAUGGAGGAUGGUAAACUCAGGGAAGUGUAUAGAGCAACAGGGGAAAUAGCAGGAGGGACUGAUGUUGAUGAUGAAUUUUUGUCUUUCCUGAAGGAAUUAGUAGAUGAAAAGAAGAAACAGUCUUUACCAGCCAAAAUCAAAGAGUCAAAGUAUGCAGAUAAAAUGGAAUAUUUACCUAUUGAGGCAAGGCUUAACAUUCACUGUGAUCUAAUGAAGCUAUUCUUCAAACCUUCCAUUGAUAGCAUUGUUAACUUAGUGAACGAAAUCCUUAAAGAAUGUGCUGGUGACAUUGAUACACUGCUGCUUGUUGGAGGUUACAGCGAAUCUUCAUAUCUAAUGGACAGAAUUAAGUCAGAGUUCAGUAAUAUGACAGUUGUCCUUGUAGAAGAUGCUAGACUGGCUGUGUUAAAUGGGGCAGUGAUGAUGGGCUGGAAACCUAAAAACAUCAUUCAACGUAGGUCAAGGUUCACAUAUGGAUUUGCUGUUAAUGAGCCAUUCAUAGAGGGAAAGCAUCCAGAGAGUCGGAAGUGCAUAGUGGAUGGACAGGCUUGGUGUUACCUGUUAUUUAAGAAGAUGAUAGAGAAAGGUCAGAUAGUGGAGUAUGGACAAACAUUCAGAUUUAAAGGAUAUAAUACAGCCAGGGAACCAGAAGAGAAACAUGAGGAGAGAUAUACCUUACUGUGGAGAUCUACAAGAGAGAAUCCUCAGUACUGUAUAGAGGAGGGGUGUAGUAUGGUAGGAGAGAUUGUGAAGAAACCUCCACCAGAGGGAUGGCCUGAUUACUGGAGGAGUGACACACAUCUCAUAGUGGGAGAGACAGAGUUUACAGUGAAAGAUUUCAAUCAUACAACAGGACAGGAAUACAAAGCCCAAAUGAAUUUUCUAUGA